CGGAGUCCUGAGGGGCGGGGCGGAGGGCGGAGCCGGGCCCCACCCACGCUGCUGCCCGUUUAAGAACGGCGGUGGCGGGGACUGCGGUACGUCAUCCUUGUGCCCGUCACGUGGAGACGCGCGGCGGGCGCUGUCGCGUGGCUUUUCCCUGCCCCUCCCCCGCCACGUGACCGGGGCGCAGUCGGCAGCCGCGCACUCCUCGCGGUUGGUGUCACGUGACGCCGGUGCCCCGAACCACGUGGUGCGGGCGGCGAUGGCGGCAGCGGCGGCGGCCCAGCGGGGCGGCGGCGGAGGCGGUGGCGGCGGCGGCGAGGGUGGGGGCGGCUCCGGCGGCCGCGAGCCCGACCCGCCCCCGGGGGGCGGUGGGGCCUCGUCGGACCAGAUCAUGCGGACGGGGGCGAUCCUGCUGCGGGGGUUUAUCCGGGACCGCGUGGAGCGGUGCGGGGACGCGCAGGCGGUGGCCCUGAGCCAGGCGGAGCUGGGGGGGCCGCAGCCCUGCAGCCCUGACACGAAGCACCUGAGCGAGUGCCUGCGCCGCAUUGGGGACGAGCUGGACAGCAACACGGAGCUGCAGAGGAUGAUCGAACAGGUGGGGUGCCAUGCCCCCAAGGAGCUCUUCUUCCGCGUGGCUGCAGAGAUGUUUGCCGACGGCACCUUCAACUGGGGCCGUGUUGUUGCCCUCUUCUACUUUGCCUGCAAGCUGGUGCUGAAGGCGCUUUGCACCAAGGUCCCUGAGCUGGUCCGGACCAUCCUGGGCUGGACCAUGGAGUACAUGCGGGAUCAUGUCCUGGCCUGGAUCCAGGCCCAGGGAGGAUGGGAAGGACUCCUCUCCUACUUUGGCACCCCGACCUGGCAGACCAUCACCAUCUUCGCUGCCGGUGUCCUCACGGCCUCGCUCACCAUCUGGAAGAUGUCAUAGACUUGGCGGAGGCCACAGCCUAGCCCCCAGGACUGGCCCCUGCCGGCAGGGAUGGUGCUGACCCCCCCUCCAGCCCCUUGGGUGCUGUGCCUUCCAGGAGCGGGGGGGGCUUUUUAACAAACAGGACUUUGUUAAGACUUGCCCUGAACUUUGGGGUCUGCCCUCCCCCAGGGCAGCUGUGGCCCCCCCAGACCUUCCCCCAACAGUGGGCAAAUGUGCCUGGGGGCCACGGCUGGGACCCUGCCAGAUUUGGGGCUGGGGGGGGGGGGAGACCACACAACUUCACCACCACCCCCCCAUCCUCCAGUCCCAGUGCUGGGGUCCCCCUGAUGCUUAGGGAUGUGCGGCUGUGGCCCCCAACACAGCCCUGGCUUCAGAGAGGUGUCACCCCAGGACUUGUGGUGCUUUGGGUGUCGUCCUGUGAUCUCAGCCCCACCCCCUGAUAUGGGGGAUGAGGGGUCUCUGUGACCCCCAAAAAUGGGGCUAUUGGGGGGGGUGGGGGGAGGGUUGCAGCCAUGGUUGCAGGUCGGGUAUUUAUUGGGGGCUCCCUGCCCUGAGAAAGGCCCCCCAGGUGCAAUACACCCCUCCCUGGGGUGGAGGCCCCCUCCCUGGUGGUGGCUCUCAGGGUGGGGGGGCCAUACCCCCC